AUGCGCGCCGUCCUCUCGACCGCUGUCCUCUCCCUCGCCCUUCUCACUGAAUUUGUCCGCGGCAAUGAUGUGCGCCACACUGGUCGUCUUUCUUGGACUCGAAUGAAGCAACAUACCCGUGGCAAGACCGCCGACCCUGCCCCCGCCGCAGUAGCGCACAACUUCACCGUCGACGCUAGAGGUCUGGAGAGACGCUUUGAAGGAGCACGGUUCACAUUCUACGAUGCGGGCCUUGGGGCGUGCGGGAAGUACAAUACGAACGCGGAACAUAUCGUCGCCAUGAACUCUGGGCAAUUCGCGGGUGGCUCCCAUUGCUCUGAGAUGAUCACCAUCACGGCCAACGGGAAGACUGCUACGGCGCAAGUCAUGGACGAGUGCCCCGGAUGCCCAUUUGCUGGACUCGACUUUUCCCGCGGACUUUUCGACGUGUUCGCUGAUCAGUCGGUCGGUGUGCUUACUGGUUCGUGGACGUUCGGUGCAGGCGCACCUCCCCCGCCACCACCGCCACCGCCUCCUCCCCCGCCGCCGCCGCCUCCGAAGACCACAGAGGCGCCUCCACCUCCUCCAAAAACUACUGCCCAUCCGACCCCAAAAUCAACCCCCCCACCAAGCACCUCUCAACCCGCUUCUCCGAGCACGCCCGCCGCUGCUUUCUCCAGUGGCGCGCAGAGACACGCUUCAAGCAGAAGCAGUGCUGUACCAGCCGCGUCGAGUGCCGUGCCUCCUCCGCCCGCAGGAAAUCUUGCGCAAAUGCAGCAAGUUUUCGUCGGGAUCGGUGCCAUCGUCGUUGCCGGCGCGAAUGCUUCCAACUAG